UACUCUCUCUCUCACACAAAUAAACACACUCUUGAAUUAUGUUUCAUCAUUAUAGUAUGCAGGGGUGGCAUUCCUAUCUUUUCAUAGGACGGAAAACUAAAAUAUAGAGGGGCGCCAAUUGGUAGAGAGACAUGCAAUAGUGUCGUUCUUGGUAAAGAAGUCUGAAUAUAAGGUGCUUUUGUGGUUUCUCUCUUGCCGGAAACGAAUGUCACCCUCCUACCAUAGCUCACAACAGCAUUACCAGAUAUUUACAAGCUCUUCAACAUGACCAAAUCAUCAAGGUUUCUUCUGAAAUAACAAAAGUUCUUGUCCACUCAGGAGAUUGCUUUAAUGAGAUGACCAUACCUGAGGAAGAAGAGGUGCCCCUGAUGAAGAAUGAUAGGGCGGGGAGUCAAAAGUCCAGCUGUGACUCCCUACAGGUGCACCUGUACCACUCCCCUACAGUCAAAUCUGAGAUCACCCUCAACAUUCCCACUGGACACAUCACUGCUGAGAGUGUGUGUGUGUUUGCUGCCAAAGCCAGUGGCAUUUUUCCUGUGUUCCACAACCUUUUCUCUCUGGCGCCAGAGGACCUUUCAUACUGGUAUCCACCAACUCAUGUAUUUAAUGUGAGUGAAGAGACCAUCACUGUUUACUACAGAGUGAGGUUUUUCUUCUCGAGCUGGUUCGGUCAGGGGUCCAAGGCUUCGUAUCGGUUUUGCUUGAAUAAAGGACGAAUCUGCGCCGUGCUAGACUACUGUGUCAUCGACUAUCUUUUUGCACAGGCCCGCAGUGAUUUUGUGUCUGGUCGUGGAGGUGUUUCUCCUGCUCUAAGCUUACAGCAGGAAUGUUUAGGCAUGGCAGUGUUAGAUCUGUGGCGUAUGGCCAAAGAGAGAAACCAGAGUCUUGGAGACAUCUGCAAGACAACAAGCUACAAGUCCUGCCUCCCAGAGACCCACAGGCGAGACAUACAGCGCUUGAGUCGCCUGGCUCGGUAUCAGAUCCGUAAGACGCUUAAGCGUUUCCUGAAGAAGCUGGGCAGCUGCUCGGCUGGGGUGCAUAACCUGAAGCUCAAGUAUCUGAUUGAGUUAAGCGCGGUGGAGCCGGCUUACGGUUCAGAAUGCUUCAGUAUGCAUCACUCCGGAUGGUUAGAGCAGAGCGAGCAGGAAAGGGUUAAAUCCAUCCGAGUCUCUGGGGAGGGAGGGAUUCAAGUACAGACCACAGUACACCAGGACUGGCAGACAUUCUGUGACUUUCCUCAGAUCACAGAUAUUAGUAUAAAGCGUGUCUGUCAAGAGCAGAUGCCCCUGGAGGGAAGGGUGGUCACCCUCACAUGCCAAGACGACCGUUGCUUGGAGGCUGAGUUUCACACCCUCACUGAAGCCCUUUCCUUCGUGUCUCUGGUUGAUGGAUAUUUCAGACUGACCACAGACUCAACUCACUAUUUCUGCGCAGAGGUGGCACCGCCCCGCCUGCUGGAAGACAUUCAGAAUUACUGCCAUGGCCCUAUCACGUCAGAGUUUGCGGUGCACAAGCUCAAAAAGGCCGGAGCUGAAAAUGGCAUGUUCCUGUUACGUCACAGUCCAAAAGAAUUCGACAAGUACUUCCUCACUGUUUGUACACAGACUCAUCUGGGUAUGGAUUACAAAGACUGUCUGAUAGAGAAAAAUGAGAAGUUUAGCCUGGCUGGGAUUCACAACUCAUUCUGUAGUCUGAGACAACUCACAGAGUUUUAUCAGCACAACACACUUCUCAUGUCAGACAUCCCUGUGACCCUGGGAAAGUGCUGCACACCCAGACCAAAAGAACUCACCAACAUGAUCAUUCUUCGUAACAGCAGCAUGGCAGAGAUGCCAAAUUCGCCCAUGUUACAGAGACACAAACCCAGUCACAUGCAAUUUCACAUGAUCAAACAUGAGGAUCUCAUUUGGAGGGAAAGCUUGGGUCAAGGUUCCUUCACUCACAUUUUUAGAGGCACAAAGACAGACCAGAGGGAUGGGAUGACACAUUCAACGGAGGUCCUUCUGAAGGUCCUGGAUGCCAGUCAUAAGAACUGCUGGGAGUCUUUUUUUGAGGCAGCUAGUUUGAUGAGUCAAAUUUCCCACAAGCACCUGCUUCUGGUUUAUGGCAUCAGUGUGCACAAAUCCAAAAACAUCAUGGUGCAGGAGUUUGUGAAGCAUGGAGCACUGGACCUGUACCUGAGGAGAAACACAUCCGUUUCGGUCAGCUGGAAACUAGAUGUAGCCAAACAACUGGCAUGUGCUCUCAACUUUCUGGAGGACAAGAAUAUUGCACAUGGCAACAUUUGUGCGAAGAAUCUGCUGUUAGCCAGAGAGGGGGACCCAUCCUCUGAUAACUCUCCCUUCAUUAAAUUGAGUGACCCAGGCAUCAGCAUGGCCAUGCUGGGCAAAGACGUCGCAUUAGACAGAAUCCCAUGGGUGGCACCGGAGGUUCUGGAAACACUUGAGGUAGAACUGGAGUGUGACAAGUGGAGUUUUGGAACAACUCUAUGGGAGAUUUUCAAUGGUGGAGAAGCUCCUCUACAGGGCCUUGACCUCACACAAAAACAGCAGUUUUACGCACAGUUCUCACAUCUGCCUGCCCUGGAGUGGGUCGAGCUGGCCGAUCUGAUCUCUCAGUGUAUGCAGUACCAGCCGGAGCUCAGACCGUCCUGCAGGAGCAUCAUCCGCCAGCUCAACAGCCUCAUCACUUCAGAUUAUGAGAUCCUCCACGCAACUGGCACACUCCCCAAGAGCGAUGGGCUCGGGAGAAAACCCAACGUGUUCAGAAAACAACAACAGGAUGUUUUUGAAGAGAGACACUUGUGCUUCAUCUCGGUUCUGGGGAAGGGUAAUUUUGGCAGCGUGGAACUUUGUCGUUACGAUCCGUGGGGUGAUAACACCGGCGAACUGGUGGCUGUUAAGGAACUGCAGUCCAACAAACAGUCCAACAUGGCGGACUUUCAGAGAGAGAUCCAGACUGUUAGCUCCAUGCACUGUGACUACAUUGUCAAAUACAAAGGCAUCUGCUACAGUGCAGGUAGACUCAGCACAAGACUGGUGAUGGAAUAUCUCCCCUAUGGCAGUCUUAUUAGUUACAUGGAGAAAUACAGACAGAACGUGUGUGUGCGGCGACUGCUGCUUUUUGCCUCACAGAUCUGUAAGGGGAUGGAGUAUUUGCAAAGCAUGCGAUAUGUUCAUCGGGAUCUAGCUGCCCGGAAUAUUCUCGUAGCCAGCGACACUCUGGUGAAGAUCGCCGACUUUGGCCUCACGAAGAUAAUUCCAGUGGAUAAAGAAUAUUACCGUGUCACACAGCCAGGAGAAAGUCCCAUUUUCUGGUAUGCGCCUGAAUCUAUAUCAGAACUCAAGUUCUCUCAGAAGUCAGAUGUGUGGAGUUUCGGCAUUGUUCUACACGAACUGUUCUCUUACUGUGAGAUCAGUCGAAACCCUAAAAGGUUGUGUAUGCAGAAGAUAGGAAGUUACGUGCAGAGUCCAUCCAUGGCUAUCCAUCUUUUUAAUCUCCUUAAAGAUAACUGGAGGUUACCAGCACUGUCUCAGUGUCCACCAAAGGUGCACAACAUAAUGAUGCGCUGUUGGGAGUUCAACGGCGAGGAUAGACCGAGCUUCUCUUCUCUACAGGACCUGAUUGAGAAUAUACUGUUAGAUGAGAGAGAGGGAUCCAAAGGGUAAAGUCAGAGCUAUACCCCGAACAGAUAGAUCACUGUAAUUUUAGCUGUUAUAUUUUAUUUAAGUAUAAUUGAGUGUUUUUAAGAUGUAUUGCGAUGAAGCUAUAGCACUUUUCAGAGCUUAUGGUUACAUAUUAAAUUUAGGCUUUUCCCAUAUAGGACAGCUGCUGCUUGUGUAUUAGCAAACAUGUAAAAAGCCUCCACUUUCUAUAUACCAUAAAUGCUUAAUAAAAAAUUGUAUGAUGUUAUUUUUAGGUUCUUUGUCAUUCACGUGAGUUUGUUAUGUUAAUAAGUGCAUUUUCAUGUAUGUUGAUAUUAUUGCCUGGAUUAAAUCCUAAAAAAACUUC